CCCCUACCCCUUCCCCUAGCUCUUCGGGGGUCUCUCUGCCUGGCUCACUGCCGACCAUCAAGGCUCGCAAACAAAUUUUGUCCAACCUCGAGAAUAGCUCCCCACUCCGCCACAUUAGGAUUUGCGAUCCCAUGCCAAAGUGGAUGCAGAGGGGGUAUAGGAAACUGAUCCUGGUUGAAGUACAAUCGAAUGUAGUGGUUAUUCACAUAGUGCAGUGAUAAGAACAUGGUUGGUGGCAAAGUACCUGGUUCCGCAUCAAUAGGCAAUACAGUAUAGGCAUCAUCGUAGCGGUUGGGUAGUGGACGGUUUCCAUUAUUGACAUCAAACACCUGGUAUGUGAAGACCAUGACUGCGAUGUUGUAGAUGGUGGCAAACACGAACAAGUCCUCAGAAUCCAUCCAUCGCCCCGGUGGUGCGGGACCCGCCUCUAGCCAAUUGAUGAGGUCAAUGUGAGCUAGUGGACCACCAUUAUACAAGUUCUCGUACUUCCAAAAAUGUUGUUGGAUUUCUUGGACAAUCGUCGAUCUCAUGAGCAGAUAGUGACUAUCAUCCCCAUAAAUACAAUGAGAAAGUGCCCUAAAACCACAAUGGCCGUCUGGACUAGGGUUGAAAUCGCCUACCAGCAAAAGUCGAACAAACUCUGGAAAAAGCUCAUCGAUGCACACCCCCUUCAGUAUUGAGUGUCGUCUUCUGCUGAUUUGGUCUCACCCCCGCCUUCCUCAUUAAUCUUAACCUCUCUUUUUCAGCCUCACUAAACUGUUUGUUGUGUCGGUGAUGUUCUGGAUACAACACCUUUUCAUGGUUGUGAAACCCUCUAUUAGCUCCGGUUUCAUGACUUGUCACUCCCACCAUGACCCAUGUGUUUGGACCAUCCUUUUGCCAUACUUCCUUUAUACAUAUCUGAAACUGGCAACCAGUACCCUUCGAACUAAUAUUCCCACGCGUCUCCUUCGUAGGGUCUGGUUUAUAAGACUUAACGAUCCUACUACUUCUGUCGCAAUAUAUACAGAGGGCAGUAACAGGAUUCUGUCCAGCAGUAUUCGGUUUCCAUGCUCCUCUAAUAAUAAAGAACCCACACUACUGAGCGAUUGUUUUUGCAGCUAACUCAGCUAACUCCACACUUGCAUAAUGGAUCCCAUUCUCAAAUUCCUGUGUGUAAUCAUGAUCGGCCGGUAACAACUCUGACAUUUUUCCUACAAUUACAAUAUAAUACAUCAAUAUUCCUGUGAACCUAAACGCUAAUUUCAAGUCUUAACCGCUAAAUUCAACUCCUAAACUCUAAAUUCAAUUCUUACACGCUAAAUUCAACUCUUAAACGCUAAAUUCAACUCCUAAACUCUAAAUUCAACUCCUAAAAUCUAAAUUCAACUCCUAAAAUCGAAUUUUUCCGGAAAAUUGCAAAAACAGACGGUGGGCCGAAAAUUUCCGGUGGCCGGAACCUGGUCGGGCCGAAAAAUUCCGGUGGCUGGAACCUGGCCGGGCCGAAAAAUUCCGGCGGCCGGAGCCAGGCUGAGCCGAAAAUAUCUUGCGGCUCAACCUGGUUCCGGCCGCCGGAAUUUUUCGGCCCGGCCAGGUUCCGGCCACCGGAAAUUUUCGGCCCGGCCAGGUUCAGGCCGCCGGAAAUUUUCGGCCCACAGUCUGUUCGUUUCAAAUCGUCGGAAAAAUUGUUCGAAACUAAAAAAAAAUUACGCACCUGCUUAGUGAUGAUUCAUUGAUGCGUGUACGCAGUAUAUGUCGAGGAUAGGCUUUCCCGAUGAUUUUCCGGCGACUUUUCCGGCGAGAGUUGAAUUUUUCUGAUUCAAUACGUUCUCUGAAAGUUGGAUAUGUUGUAGAUUGUGAAACUCCUUACCCAAAGAUGUAUAUAUAUACUCUUUUUUUUUUUUUUUUUUGGUUGGCGGCAAAUAGCAAUUUGGUUGGCGGCAAAUAGCAAGCCACAUAAAUUAACUAGUUUUUCUGUCAUGAACAAAUUAUUAGUUGUGAUGUAGUACUACAUCCUUAUAUUAAUUGUAGGUGUUAUAUUUUUGUUCCUCCCCUAAUUUUCCCCCCUGUCCCGUGACAAGGGCAAAGGGUGCUCCCUACGCCUAUGAUCGGAGGUAGAUGGCGGCCGACUCUCUCCGACGACCUGAAGCGCGCUGCCGAAGAAGGGGGGAACAACAUCGAGCAGCUGCGGGAGCGGAGCGGGAGCGGAGCGGGAGACAGAGCGGCGGGUCUACAGGAGAGAAGAUUGGACGAGGGAGCCCGUGGUGUUAGGGUUUUAGUUGCUCUGCUUCUCCCUCAACAGAAAACGACGCCACACAAAUGGAAAACGGCGCCAGAAGAUGCAACCUGCUGACCCGGUAUGACGGGCUAACCGCCCGGAUUUCACCAACUUUGAUAGGGUUUCGGCGGGUUCGACCAGUUCCGGGCUGAUGUUGAAAAGGGUUUGCUUUGAAGAUACAAACCCACAAAGCUAUGAUAUUUAGAAACCAUGAACUCAAAACUACUCGCAUAUUAUAUCGAUUUCAGAUAGAUGCUACAUACGCAGAGAUUUGUGUGGUAGCUAGAUAGUUGAGAGAUGGGGGAUCUGAAACAAUAAAUGUCAAUAAUGGACAUUGCAACAACAGACAGGGGCGUGCUACUGAAACAGAGCACCUUACCCCACAGGCUGAGAACUAAGGGAAAAAAAUAACAGGCAGUAGUAGUAGUAAGAAUAAUGCAUAGAGGAUUAAUUAAAUAGUAGUGAAUGU